CUCUCUUUCUCUCUCUAAAAGAGCCUCUCUUUUCCGCAACUUUGAAAACUCUCUUUUAUUUCUCUCUCUAAAAACCCCUUCUCUAUAACACAUAAAAUUAAAGCUUGCAUUUUUCUCUCUUCACAGCCCUUUGUUUCACUGUAUGAUUUAUACCCAGAUAUCAAUUGCUCUGAAUCUAUAGAUAGGUCCUCCAUGGCCCCAGCAAGGAAAAAAAGUGUGAAUAAGAGGUUUCUGAAUGAGGUAUCACCUGAAAAGGAAGUCAAGAGUUCAGGCAAAAGUAAACAGCAGGCGAAUGGGGUGAGCAUUGGCUUUAAGAAGAAAUUGUCUGAUAAGUUAGGACCUCAAUGGAAGAAGGCAGAACUUGAACGAUUUUACAAAGCAUAUCGGGACAAUGGAAAGAACUGGAAGAAAGUAGCUGCUGAAGUGCGCAACAGAUCUGUGGAAAUGGUGGAGGCCCUUUACAAUAUGAAUCGGGCAUACUUGUCUCUUCCAGAGGGAACAGCUUCUGUAGUUGGGCUUAUAGCUAUGAUGAUUGAUCACUAUAGUGUUCUGGAAGCAAGUGAUAGUGAACGAGAAAGCAAUGAGAUGCCUGGAGUGCUCAGGAAGCUUCAAAAACACAAGCGGCCAAAAGUGCUGCUUAGUGCAUCAAAAGAAGAUCCCCAACAUUCUCGCAUGGUUGGAUCAACUGAUGGAUGCUUAUCAUUAUUAAAAAGAGGAUGUGGCCGUCCACUUCAUGCAGUUGGGAAAAGGACACCUCGCUUCCCUGUUUCAUAUCUGCGUAAGAAAGAUGAUGGAGAAAAUUAUGUUUCACCACAGAAGAAGCGCAGAAAGUUAGAGAUCAAUGCCGAUGAUAAUGAUGAUGAGCAUGCUGCUGUACUGGCAUUAACCGAGGCAUUGCAGAGAGUAGACUCUCCCCAAAUGUCUCAAACACCCUGUAGAAGAACAGAAAAUAUGAAAUCAUCACCUGUUCAAAGCUGGGAUAGGAUGUCUGAAUCAUCUCCAGCAAAUCUUUGUGAUGCUUCCAUAAAUGAAAAUUGGUCUGAAAGUGGCAUAGGACGUGGGGGGCCUGAUCUUGCUUGUGUGAGGGAUGCAAGCUCCUUGGCGGAAAUGGAAGGUAUAGGUACUGUAGAAGUUCAUCGAAAAGGCAAGAAGUUCUAUGGAAAUAAAAUAAGAGUUGAGAAGAUUGGGAACAGUCAAUCUGAUGAUGGUGGAGAAGCGUGCAGUGGCACUGAAAAAGAGCAAAAGGCCAGCACUUUGAAGGGAAAAGUUGAAAUUGAGAUGUCAAAUGCAAAAAUUGAUGAGACCUUUCACCGGAGCCAAAGGAAGAGAAGCAAGAAACUUUUUUCAGACGAUGAACCUGCUGACUUGAUUGGUCUUCAAACGUUGGCUCUUGUUUCUGCAAUGGAAUUUGAAUCAUCUUCCCUGUUGGAUGACGAAAGAACCACACAAACCGGGGACGACAAGAGUAGCAUACCUGAAUCUGCAUCUACUAGUCAUCAUAGAGAUAAAACUAAAUUCUCAAGGCAGAAAGAAAAGGCAACCAGUGAAGUUGAGGGUGCAACCUCAAGAAAAUCUAAGCUCGGAAGAUAUCCACAAAGUUCUGCUAAAUCAGUCUCUGAAGCAAAUAAACGGCCUCAGUCCAUCAGCAAUGAUAUGCUGAAAAGAAAACGCAAGGCUUUGGUAGCAAAGGUUCUGGAUGAAGAGGAGAAUACAUCUGUGGUUAAAGGAAAACACAGUGCUCAAAUUUCUUCUCCUUCAAAACAAUUGAAAUCAUUAAAAUUGCCAGAUGGUUCUUUCAGUGGUGAUCAGAAAACUAUAUCAAAUGAUCUAGCAACGUCAACUGAACAAGUUCCUGUUGCAAGCCAAGUUAUCUUACCAACCAGAAAAACAAGUAGACGCAAGAUGGAUCUAAAGAGAGCAAUGAUUCCAAAGGUGAACAUUCUGAAGAAUCAAAUUAGUAAAUACUCCAUCUCCCUACAAGAUGGAGCAACCCAUCUAAAGGACAAGCUUUCUUGUAUAGUAUCAUCUCCUAUGGUUCGCAGAUGGUGUACAUAUGAAUGGUUUUACAGUGCAGUUGACUACCCUUGGUUUUCUAGAAGGGAGUUUGUUGAAUAUUUGAAUCAUGUUGGACUUGGGCACAUUCCAAGGCUGACUCGAGUAGAAUGGGGUGUCAUAAGAAGUUCUCUUGGCAAACCUCGGAGGUUUUCUGAGCGUUUUUUACACGACGAAAGAGAGAAACUCCAGCAAUAUAGAGAAUCUGUGAGAAAACAUUAUUUGGAGCUUCGUACUGGUUUAAGGGAAGGACUUCCAACAGAUUUAGCAAGACCUUUAUCAGUUGGACAGCGAGUAAUUGCUAUUCAUCCCAAAACAAGAGAACUUCAUGAUGGAAGUGUGCUCACCGUGGAUCAUGACCGGUGCAGGGUUCAGUUUGACCAUGCUGAGUUAGGAGUUGAAUUUGUCAAGGAUAUAGAUUGCAUGCCUUCAAAUCCGCUGGAUAACAUGCCAGAAGCUCUUAGGAGACAGAAAACCUCUGUUCUGCCCAAGGAACUGCCAGUGAAUGGGAAGUCAAACAAUGGAGAGUUCACUGCAAUUGAAAAACUAAGGAAUGCAGAGAGUCCCAUGAAUGCUUUGAUGAAGCAGGCACAAGUUGAGGCAAACCAUGCCAACCUUCUUGCCAAGGCAACAUUCACUGACAUUGUCAAUGCACAAGGAGCCUGUGGUCAACCUUCUAGGGUAUCACAGAUCCAACUGAAGGAAUAUGAUAUUCGAGCUCUGUCUGAGCUGAAUUGUGCUCUUGAUAAAAAGGCCUCUUCUGCUUUACUCAAUUUGAGGCAGCUUAAUACUUAUCCUGGAAACAAUGUGCCUGCUUGGCUGAAACCUCCAGCCAAUUCCUGUUUCUCUGGUAUGGUAAGACCGCAAAGUUCUUGUGUUUCUCAAGAUUCAGGAUCUGCUGUUCUCGAGAUUGUUAGAGGGUUGAGAUUAAAGGCACAUAUUAUGGUAGAUGCUGCUAUGCAGGCAAUUUCAUCCAUAAAAGAAGGGGAAGAUGCCUUUGCGAGAAUUGGAGAGGCAUUAGAUUCUAUGGAUAGAAGUCAUUUGGGAUCAGAAUCUAGGGCACAAAUGAUCAGGUCCCAGGAGGAGGCCAAUACCGGUUUAGGCCUUCAAAAUCAGUUGAUUCCCAGCACACCAGAGCCUCAGGUUAACUGCAAUGUAUCUGGGCCUCAAUCAAAUGACUCUGAAAAAAUUGAGACAGCAAUUCCUUCAGAGCUUAUAUCAUCAUGUGUCGCUGCUUUGCUCAUGAUACAGACAUGCACUGAACGACAGUAUCCCCCAUCUGAUGUGGCCCAGAUAAUUGAUUCUGCUGUUACUAGCUUGCAUCCAUGCUGUCCACAAAAUCUGCCAAUAUAUAGAGAGAUACAAAUGUGCAUGGGAAGAAUAAAGACGCAAAUACUGGCUCUAAUACCAACAUGAAACUGCUGCGCUCUACUGUACCCUACCACCAACCCCUUGUAUAUAUGCUGUUGGAAUCUUGGUUUCAGCUUCAUUUCCCAGGAUCCACUAACCCCUAUUCAGCAUUAAAUUUUUUUAGGUUACUGCUAAUAGUGAUCAUUAAUCAUGAGUUAAUAAUAUUUCUACAAGCUAGUGUAGUUCUUCCCCCCCUCUAUUUAUCUAUCUAAUUAUUCCCCCGCUUAACUAGAAUGAUGUCAUCUUCAAUGAGGAAAUUUUGUUUUUUUUAA